AUGUUUGAACUGUUUUGUGGACUAUCAGAUGCCGGCCGUGAACUCCAGAAAAUAGAGCAGUCCGACAUUUCGGAAGAUUUUGCCAUCAAUCCGCAGUUUGAAAAUCUCCUGAAUCGAAUCAAAUCACUUGUAACCACGGGAUAUGACUUGAGUUGUCGUUCAGCUUGUGAAAAAGUGAAAGAAACCAGAAUUCAGUAUCUUUACGAUCAGUUGAUGAAACUCAGACGAGGAGCACAUCUGGCUGAAGCUGAUUUGCGUCUGAUCAAGCCCAGUUCCAGUGGAGUGGCCCUCUAUGUGGAUCUGCACGGACACUGUUCAAAACGCGGAUGUUUCUUAUAUGGAAAUUGGUUGGAAAAAGAGGAUGAAAUGGUACGAUUCUGUUUUGAAUCCUGA